AUGGCUGGAGAGAAAAUUUAAGGAUAGGGGAAACGCAAGUGUCAACCGAGAUGCCCAGAGCAUUAGUUCAAUCUCCAUCCAAAAAGUUUAAAGUGUUGGUUAAAGUAAUCAACUAACAUCGAUUUCUGUCCCUUGUACAAUGAUGCUGUAACAGAUAUAUAAUAUAAUGUUUAGCUGGCCUGUUUUCAAAAUAUCGUUCCAGUCUUUAAUUAAGAUGAACAAUAAUGUUUGCCUGGUUUCAUUUUAGAAGUAGACAGGGUAAGAAUUGGUUGUAUAUUAUUUCAAUUAGAAUGACUACUUGAAAAGCAUGCAAAAAUACAAGGAGGAUCAUCAAAGAAAGAUACAAGAAUACACGAUGAAGAAGACUAAGUUGGUAAUAUAUUUAGUAAGGUUUAGUAAAUUCCGAAACCAGGUCGUAAGCAUAGGUAUUGUGGAGUGUGUCGUAAACCUUAUGCAGAUUACUUGGAAGUAUUAUUGUUAUCUCUAAAACUUAGCACAUAAAAUCUUCGGAUCACAUCAAUUGCUUUAACAGACAUGACUUUGUUCAUGUGAUUCUAAAAAUAAUUGAUGAAGAUUAUAAAUCAAGAGACGAAAAUAAAAUUUAAAACGACUCCAGCACCUACACUCCAAAAGCAGUGAUGCCUAAAAAGAGAGGUCCCAAGCCCAAAGUUCAAGUCGAGCAAGGAGAACCAAAAAAGAGAGGGAGGAAACCCCUUGAACCUCAGGCAGCAAAGCGAAUUAAAACCUAACCACAAAUGAGAGAAGUAUUGAUGCCAGUGCGACAACAAUAACCCCCUCCACCACCUCCUCCUCCUCCUCAGACAUACUUCCCUCAGCCAUACUACUUUUAAUAUCAUCAUCUAAAUCAGAUGAUUCAAUAUGGGGCAUUGCAAAUACCACCGCAAUUUCGUGUUGGUUUCCCAUUCCAAAUGCCAGUUGUCGCUGAUAUGCAAAUGGAAAUGUAAUGCGAAGAUAUGAGUAACUUAUUCAAUUACCUUAGUUGUAGAUGGUAAAAUAGAAGAUCGUCCUCAAUUUGAUUGAAUAUUAUAAUAAUUAUUAUAUUAAACACCUAAAUAAAACCAUC